GAACGCUCCGAGUGGAGAACGGAACCGUUCAGUCGCAGCCACGAAGCGGCGCCGUACGCGACGACGACGCGACGACGGACGACGACGUCGGGUAACAUCCGCGCACGCUAUAUUCUUCUCGUCGUCAGUCGUCUCGUCUCCUUUUGUUCGAGAAAGGGGUGUCAUCAAGCUGAAAUUAAAAAUUUCAACCGAAAACGCUGGUCAACCUGGACAUCAAUUUUCCGCUUCGUGAUUUCCUCGAGAUUUCUCGCGCCCGCCGCGGACGUGAGAGUGGCGGCGCCCGGCUUUGAGGCGGAUGAAUCGUAUCUCGGAUGAUACGAAUAUUUUAUUACAUGAAUGCUUCACUUAUCGGGAACGCGGCGGAGCGGCGGAGAGCGUACACCGCAGCGUGGGUAACGAAGCCGCGACGGUGGUCAGGUCUAUAAUUAACCGCGGAGGAAGCGUCUGGCAGCGGAACGAAGUGCUAUAUCUGCAAGAACUUAAGUCCACAAGUGGAUUCUCGAUGGAAAACGGACUCUUGGUAAAUUAGUAACGCGACUCAGAAAAAACAAAGGAUGCGACUUGUACAUCACGGGUUUCUUCUAUCGGUUUAUCUCCGAUAAACGCCGCAUUUCGAACGAUUAGCCAGAUUCAACGAUCGAUAUGGCAUAGUAACUUCGAGGAGCGAUCUUUGUGACAUCCGUCGAAGAAGAAUCAUCAACAAGCGGCGUUAAUAAGUUUUGCGGAAUAAUGAACUUCUUGAAUCUGGAUAGCAGUUGUGGUGUGGAAAGGGAGUGGAUCGACCAUGGAACUUCGAGUAGUGGGUGAACUGUGCGAUCGUUUGAAAGGAUAACUUUCUUAUUCGUUUCUCGCUGCGUAAGCGAGAAAUCGCGCCCUCGCUUCGUCGUCACUCGGAUAUGAAUAUUGCGGCGCGAAGCAUGUCACAGAGCGGGAAAUCGGAAUUAACCGUGUGACUCAUUUCGGAGAAGUGAUAUUCUGAGCGACACCUCGGUCACGUUUUACGAGCGGAGUAAUUCCUCGCGGAAGCUGAAUUAACGGCUUCGCGUGCGGCCUCUCGGCGGUGCUACAUCGGAAAACGACGACGAAGACCCGAUGAUUAAGAGGGAAUGAUUAAAACACUCGGAUACUCGGACUCGAGAGAGAACGCGUCGCCAGGCACGUCCUGAUCCGUGAUUAGGAAGAGGUCGAUCGAUUUCGGAAUUAACGUCCCGCGAGUGUCAAACGAGCCGCGACAGGAACAUCAAUACCCUAAUAAAUGUCACUCGCACGAUCGAUCGGCGCCUUUUGCCAGCCAUGACGUAAAGAGAGGGCGAUUUAACAUCGACAAGGGUCAAAACGUUGUCGAGAGCAGCUGUCGGGAUCGGCUGUCCACGUAGGCAGAUACCGAUCUCUCCUGUGCGGAUGCGCCGAAGUUCGUAAUCCUGAUACCGCUUAGGGGAGGGCGAUCCCCAGUCAUGCACGAAUGGAGAAUGAACUGCGGUGCGUGAGAGAGAGAGGCGGACGCUUCUAAACCGAUGAGAUGACAGUGCUGUGCGUGCUGUGGGCUACUCUGUCCACCGUAGCCUCGAUCCUGGCGUGCUCCGGUUUUUACCUGCCUUACUGGAUACAGGGACGACUGCUGGGGAAAGCGGACGCGUACUUCAGUUCCUUUCGGCGUUGCAACUAUCCGCGAAUCAGGGCGCCCAACGCCACGCCCGAGAUAGUUUACGAGUGCGCGAGGUACUCCAGUUUUUGGGACAUACCGAGUGCCUGGUGGCAGGCGAGCACAGUCACAAUGGGAAUCGGCGUCGCGAUCGCAGUGAUCGGCGCUCUAACGCUUCUAGCAGCAGCGUCGUCAUUCCUCCCGCAUAUUCUCAGGACGCCGAAACACACGAGAAUUCUAGGCUCCUUACAAUUGUUCGCUGCAGCGAUGAUAUGCGGCGGUCUAGUCAUGUAUCCGAUAGGCUGGGAUAAUCGGGAGGUACGCGAAUCCUGUGGGAAAGGGGCCAACGUUUACAAUCUCGGAAAGUGCUCGGUGUCCUGGUCGAGUCACUUGCUGGUCGGCUCGGUGGCGUUGCUGAUGCUGUGCUUCGGCCUGAGCUUCUGCGCGGCGAGACACAAGCCCGACGGCGCGAACUCGCACACGGAUCCCCUGCGCAUUUGACAGUCAAGGUACUCCCAGUCGAUACAUGCCUAUGCCUCGCCGAAGACGACCACGCUCUCCAUCGUCACGGUCUGUUGAUCACGCGCGCCUGUUGCGUGCACGCGCCGUGCGUACGUGAGUACGCGCGAUCCUUCGAAGCCAGACAUACGUGUAUGUGUCGUCGCGCGGACGAACACGAAUUCCGCGCGUUGCGGAAUCUCGCGCGCGUUACGGCUUACGGCGCGCAUGCAUGAUUCGCAUUCUCAUCGCGCGUGCAUGUGUAUAGGUGUAUUUUUCAAGCUGGGCGCGAGCACGAAUUUUUUCGCACGUUUCACGAAGGUUUAACGCGUGGGAUGCACUUUCUGCGUACACGAAUAGAUCCGUUAAUGUUGACGUUAACUCACAAUACGGAUCGGCGAGACGUAUUUUAUAAAUGAGUACCGCGAUCUCAUAGUAUUCGACAGAUGAAACGAUUAAUGAUUGAAGUGAAAUUAAUGGGGUAGGUAGGUACGAGUUGACAGCUCAAAAGGAUAUUAAUCUUUGGUUCAUCGAAUGAUCUGUAGCGGUCUAAACUGAGCAGACACAAACUCUGUUUCUCCAGAGAAUGCUAUCUUCGACGAAACAACAAGAUUCGUGAAGUUUAAGGCACUCUCCAUAAUCUCUUGACCAAUACAAUUGAUAUUUCUCUAGGAACGAUCUGCGAGAUUUCGGAAUCACAAGAGAUCCGCGGAUCUCGAGAGAUGGAUUAAACUUUUGACAGGUUAACGCGUACCUACCACCCUUUCCACGAAGCAAAUUCUGCGUCUCUGUAUAUAGCAACCUGCAUAUGUACGUAUGUAUAUACACGCUAGAGUGAAUCCUAUAGUCCUGUCUCGCGGCAAACGCUAGACGGUUCGACAGAGCCGCGCCACGGUAUUUCCAAUUCCGUGCCGCAGUAAGCCUCUGGCUGGGAGCGACGAAGCAAUUGGCAAUUCGCCUCGACGGGACUUUCAGCACUUUCAAUUCGCACGGGAAGCUCGCUUGCCGGGCGAAUACACACGGUGACUGGAAAGGAGCCGGACGGGGAGACGGACACUCCUUUCCUCUCUCCUCCGCUCUCGUAUCGGGAAUCCGCAUUCAGAUGCGCCGUAACGAUCACGGUAUUUGGACGGGCUGCUGCUGCACGCUCCUCUCGAGGACUGGGAAUCACUGUGUUUCCCACGGUCCGAAACUCUUUCGGAUAUAUCGAUCGCGAAGGCGCGCGGAACGUUUCGGCUCUCCAGAGAUUUACACGUACCUUUUAUUUAUCCUCGUCUCUCGAAUUCUCCGCUCAAGACGCUAUUUCCUUCGUGGGAGUAAUGCGUUGGAUCAACCGUGAGUGUCGGUUUAGCGUUUCUCUUAAAAUUUAUUUGGAUCUACGAUUCCAGAUUUUAUUGUUGGGGUGUUAUUCUUUGUAUCCAGUUUUCUCCCUGCUCUUACGAGAUAUCUUUUCUCUAAUAAUUUAAUACAAGACUGUUAUAUUACGUAAGAGAUUCGUUGGCACUACUUUAUCGAGUGAUAAAUUGUUGUCCAUAUUGAAUCGCGUUGAGAAAAUUGGCUUUAAGUCGGAAAAGCGGGCGGAGAAUUUAAGCGAGUGGCGAAAUCCGCGUAAUUAAAAGAUAAAAGGAUCAGAGAGAAAAGGUUCUGGGGUAGCUGCGGGUAGUAGUUUAUUUGUAUCACGGCUUCUCUAUCCAAACUGUCCACAGGCCUUUCACUACGUCCUUUUUUUUUCAAAGGGAAGAAUCAAAAAGUCGCGUUGGCCAGUUGGAUAAAGAGAAAUAUUUUUUCAUUUAAUAUUUGAUAUUCUCGUUUAAACUUUUAAUGAUUGCAAACCACGACGGUGAGGUGACGCGCGAGAAGUCGUUUUUAUUCUUAUUCCCCGUCAUUCGAAAAUUCACGAACGAAUUAAUGUAUAGUUCUUAUUAGGCAAAAAGGCGUUACAAUUUGGCUACAAAAUCUCACUGUCGCGAUACGCGUCUCGUGAAUAUCGAGCCACUCUAUACAGCUUCUUAUACAAAUAAAAAAAAUAGCCCGCGGUUGGGUACCUGUGCGAUAUAAAAAACGUAAUAUUCGGAGCGCGUAUGUAAGCAAGGUGUGUAUGGGUUAGCCCCGGUGAAAUUCGCAAUUGCGGGCGCGGUUGAAUUUCACGUGCUGACGGAACGGCGCGCACAAACGAUGGCCGCGCGUUAUUCGGUGAAGGCACCGCUAUUGGCCGGAUAAAAAUCCAAGCUGAACAAACACGCCGGAGCACGCUCCGCUCGCGCGGGUUCUCCACGCACCGCUUACUUCUUGCAUCGGAUUAAUCGGAGCUUUUUUUCGGGCUGCACACGCACACACGCGCGCUUCUAUUGUGACGCAUGAAAUAAACGGACUCGCCGUGGUUCCUCCACUGUCGCGCGUCUGAUAAAAAUCGUUUCAU